AUUUAUCAUCAACAGUUACCGAUACAUCUGUCAGAAACGUUUGGAGCGGAAGUUUUUUGAUAAAAUAAUAUAUAUCUAUAAUAUCAGUGAUUCAGAAAAAUGAAGUGGGUCCUUUUCUCCAACAUGCUGCUGUUAUUGGGUAUGGAAGUUUGGCCAAAACCCUUUGUUGAAAUAUCGAUUGCUGAAGUAGUCAUUGAAGCCACAACAGCUCGUCCCAUUUCUGAGGAAUUCAAGGACAUUUUGGCUUUGAUACCAAGAGACCAAAUAACCAAACUUGCUGAAGAACAUCUAGAAACCGACGAGAGCUUCAAAGCUGCCGUUGAAUACAUGCAAAGUGAUGAGUGGAUCCUGCUAGUUGAAACUGUAAAAUCAAAACCAGAGUGGAAGGCGUUCAAAACCUUUACGAAGCAAUUUGGUGUCGAUAUAGACACCCUCAUCCACUGCUCUGAGGGUUUCAUUUUGAAUGCAAAUGUGACAGUUUCUGAUAACGCAACCAGAAGUCUAAUUCCAUUCAUAAAAGACAUGCAGAAAGCUAUUCCACUGACGAAGAUAAUAGGUGCUUUCCACGAGAAAAUGAUGAAGAGCAAGGCUUUCCAAGAAUUUUUCGAAAAAAUAUCUAGCGAGGAGUCGAAAAAGAUUGUAGAGGACGUGAUCAAUGUUCCAGAAAUCGGGCUAAUGAUGAAGGAAUGGGACAAAAUGGGUUUGAACCUAUAUGAAUUGGUUUCUCUCAUGUAUACCUUUUUGGGAUGGGGGGAAUUCAAUAUUCCCAAGUGAGGAUCGAUGUUUCUGAGUUGUUGUUAUGAUAGUUUUUUGUAAGAUUCAUUUUUUAUGUUUUCAAUAAAGUUGUUUGCAGUUCGACAUUU